GACAACAUACAACAAAAAAAAAAAAGCCGCAACACAAAAAAAACGGAAAAAAUAAAAUGAGUUUCGUAAAUCAACAAAUAUUUGCAAAUUACCAAGAAUAUAUUGAUAAUGAACAAGAAUUGCGAGAAAAAAUCCGCACAGUUGUUCGUCAAAUUGAACAACAGGCCAAAGAAGCCACCAUUCGACUUCAAAUAAUACAUUCCGACAUUGAAAAAAGUAAAGUUUCUUUAAAAUUGCUUAUGACAAUUCAAUAUUCAAUUAAUUCAAUUCCAGUUGGAGAAGCAUGUUUAUUGGCGCGAAAACUAUUUGAAAAUUGUGCCAUUGGCUACAAAUCUUUGGCCGAAUUGAUUCCUCCAGCUCAAUAUCAUAGAUACUCCGAUCAUUGGACAUUCAUUACACAACGAAUUGUGUUCCUAAUUGCCUUGACCGUUUAUCUAGAAGUUGGAACUUUGGUCACUCGUGAGACUGUUGCUGAAAUCCUUGGCUUAAAAACCGUCCAGUCUGAAGGUUUUCAUUUGGAAAUCGAAGACUAUUUGAUGGGCAUUUUGUUGAUGGCUUCCGAGUUAUCACGAUUUGCCACAAAUUCAGUCACUUUGGGUGACUACGAGAGGCCUUUGCAGAUUUCCAGAUUCAUUGCUGAUUUGAAUUCUGGUUUUCGUUUGUUGAAUUUGAAGAAUGAUGGAUUGAGAAAACGAUUUGAUGCUCUGAAGUAUGAUGUGAAGAAAAUUGAGGAAGUCGUUUAUGAUAUUAGCAUACGGGGACUUCGUAAUUCGCAGCCAGAAAAAGUUGGUGAUGGAGAGUAACUCACAGAAAUUGUAUUCUUUUUUGUAUCCUUUAAAACUUUAUAACAAAAUAAUCGGCAAUUUUGAAAUUAAUAAGAUAAUAAAAUUUUAAGAAAACGAA